GGCCUCCUCAUUUCUCUAUCAGCCUUCCUCCUUCCUCCUUCCUCCUUCCUCCUUCCUUUCCCUACUCAUCCUUCUUCUUUCUUCUUCUUAUUCUUUCCCUCUCUCUUCUCUCUUCUUCUUCCUCUCCGGAUCUGGGUUCUCUCAACCCAGCUUCAACAACAACUACACCUUCCUUUACCAAAUUAAUAGACGAAACUUCAGCAUCUAGUAGAUAUGGACAUAAAUACAAAAGGUUUUCCUCAAACCUUCGGCUAAAUUUGGCCAAACAGUAGGUGAAUUGUUUAAGAAAACAAAAAUUUCUAAGAAAAACUUACUUUUAUUUCAUAAAAAUGUUCGCUUUUUUACCUUUGAAACAGAGACCCAGUUUCUCUCCUGAAUCUCAAACUUCAAAAUCCUAGCAAAAAACAACACUUAAAAAUGCCUCCAAUUCUCCAACUUGGCUUAAAUUUCUACCUGCUCGUCCUCAACAAACCCCUUCAAACAAACAGAUCCAUCUUCCUGGCGACCGGAGUAUCUCUCUGGCAUCAUCUGAUAUGGUAAGAGGAGAAGGCGAGGUUAAGGACUUUCAGGCGACGUCGGGUCGGGUCAGGUCAACGAGAGAGAAGGCGCGUGUAGGCAAGGGUUUCACGUGUGUGAGAAGGGUUGAGCAUAUCUGUGUGUGAGAGUUUGAGGGUUUGGCAUGGAUGAGGCGUGUGCGGGGCUAGCGUAUAAGCGAGCAACAGAGAAAGGGGUGGGUUUGGGAAAACCCAAAUCUGGAGAGGAAGAAUAAGGGAGAAGAAGGGGU